AUGCCCUCUUACAAUCCGGGUCUACACCACAGGCAAGGCAAGAUAUUAUUUGAAAACAGAGUAGCAGUUUAUUGGUUUCAGAAAAUCGUUGGCUGAAUUCAUUUCGAGAUCCUUUUAGCGUUGGCUUUCUUCUUAAACUAGGCCUCUUUAUUUUAAUUCUUUUCGUUUUCACUUCUCUUUUCUUAUUCAUUAAUGGUGGCCCUGAACUUGAAUUGGCGACGUGGUCUCAGGAUGGAAAAAGCAGCCGAUUAAAAAAGUUUCCGAAUUUCAAAUUCUAAGAUUAUCACAAGAUUUUAAAGGAAAAUCGAAAAUAUUGAUGACUAUGAUGCGGGUUGCAGUGGUUUUUCUAUGGGUGAAAUUAUCAGGGAACAGAAGAAGUUGGCGUUUUUUUAAUUCAAUAAAUUAUUUGAUGAAAGGAUACUGGAAUCGGUUAGAAGAGAAUUGAUCGAGUCUCAGUCGAAAUUGGAUGAAUACAGAAAGGUUUACGAUGAACUGCAGAGAACGAUUCCACAGAGGCGUAAGUUAUUGUUUUAAGAUUUGAAAAGAUUUUUUCUUCAGAACUAGAACUUUCAACGAUAGAAGGAGAAAUAGAAGCGGCGCAUAGAACACUGUUGGAAUUUCAAGCGAAAAGAAAUGUGAGGGUUUACCUUCCACACGAACCUCUCUUUCCUGCAUCUCACAGGUUUUCUCUUUCUUUAAUCUCUUUUUUUAAAUUCAAUUUUUCAGUUACAAAACGCCGUCGAAGGAAGAGUUAACGUUCUCUCUGGAAAAUAUCUUUGAUUUGAGGUUAGAUUUGCAUAAAUCUUCGAAAACCCUCUAAAAGAUUUUCAAAAAAACACAAAAACAUUUGAAAUGAAUUAAUUUUUUUAUAGCCGCUGCUCAAUAACUUCUUUUAUGCCAAUUUUCAUCCAAAAUUCUGGCGGGAAAGAAGGAAACUGGAUUGAUUCGUUCAAAUCGGCAGGAUACAUUGAAGCGAAAUCACCUGAUACAGCUUGUUUUGUGGUUUUUUAAAAGUUAUUCUCCUGUUAAUAAGUAGUUUUUUUUUCCAGCUAUCACUGAUAAAUGGCUCUUUACCGCCCGAUACCGAUCCUUUCAACAAGAUUUUUCUGAAUUAUGGCUCACCUAUAACUGCUCCUCAUAAAUCUAUACUGGUACAGUCGACGUGUGCUCCUUUCAGAAGGUUUGGAGAGUUUAAAUUUAGUCGAUUUUUGAGUAUUUUCCAAAUUUUUAAAGAUGUGAUGGAACUUUUUGUUAUAGAACCAUCGAUUUCGCGUUGAACCUCGAUGUGUCCGAGGUUGACGAAAACUCAUGGGAGAGUUUGCCUCAACUUUUGCCGUUUUCUAGAAAGGUUUUUUAACGAUUAAAGGGCGAAAUAGAGUACUAAUCAGGCAUUUUCAGAAUUACAUAUCUGUCAUAAUAGAUCGCAAUCAAGAAGUCACAAAAAAUCUGGACGAAGAUUUGAAGUUACUGCAAGAAUCUUCGAAAAACGUCGAGGAUUCCGUUGAAAUCCUCGAUUGCCGUACAUCGACAGCGUUUUGUGACAAGAUUUCAGAAGGCAGAGGUGACUUUCAGUUUGACGGAAUAUUUUUUCUUUCUUUUUCCGAAAGUUUCGUGGAAAAAAACGGUAUAAUGAGACAGUUUUUCAAAAGUUUGGAAGUCCAUUGCUCCGAAAGGACCGUCGCAAAUUUACGAGCUCAAAAUGACAGUCCCCAAAAAAAGUGGCAGUCCAAAAAUGGCAGUCCAAAAAAUGGCAGUCCUAAAAAAUUGGCAGUCCAAAAAAUGGCAGUCCCAAAAAUAUUGACAGUCCCGAAAAUAUUGACAGUCCCAAAAAAAUUGGCAAUCCCAAAAAAAUUGACAGUCCCAAAAAAAUUGACAGUCUCGAAAAAAUUGCCAGUCCAAAAAAAUGGCAGUAGCAAAAAAAUUGGCAGUCCCAAAAAAAAUAGACAGUACCAAAAAAAUUGGCAGUCCCAAAAAAAAUGGCAGUCCAAUAAAAAUUGCCAGUCCAAAAAAUUGACAGUCCCAGAAAUAGUAGUCCAAAAAGAUGGCAGUCCCAAAAUUGGCAGUCCCAAAAAAUGGCAGUCCAAAAAAUGGCAGUCCAAAAAUUGGCAGUUCCAGAAAAAAUGGCAGUCCUAUAAAAAUUGCCAGUCCAAAAAAUUGACAGUCCCAGAAAUAGUAGUCCAAAAAGAUGGCAGUCCCAAAAUUGGCAGUCCCAAAAAAUGGCAGUCCAAAAAUUGGCAGUCCAAAAAUUGGCAGUCCAAAAAUUGGCAGUUCCAGAAAAAAUGGCAGACCCAGAGAAAUUGGCAGUCCAAAAAAAUUGGCAGUCCCAAAAAAUGGCAGUCCAAAAAUUGGCAGUCCAAAAAUUGGCAGUUCCAGAAAAAAUGGCAGACCCAGAGAAAUUGGCAGUCCCAAAAAAUGGCAGUCCAAAAAUUGGCAGUCCCAGAAAAAAUGGCAGACCCAGAGAAAUUGGCAGACCCAGAGAAAUUGGCAGUAUAGAAAAAAUGAAAGUUCCAAAAAUUUAGUGAGGGAUGCUCUAUCGAAAUUUGAUCACCUGGGCUAUAAUUUUUCAAAUAAAACUUCUCUCAUUUUCAGCCCAAUCCUUCAAGUCAUCAAUUUUCUGUGUCAUUUUCGACUCGCCUGAUUAUUUGCGCUACUUCUAUGAGGCUCUUCAAAACGGCUGUGUUCCAGCUCUCCUCUCCUUGGAUCUCGUUUUGCCUUUUGAUGGUCUAAUUUUUUGUCAUUCAUUUUAUUCCGAAACUUUUCAGAUUUAAUUGACUGGCGACAGGCUGCCUACCGUAUGCCGGCAGCUAGAUUACCUGAACUUCACUUUAUUUUGCGAUCUUUUGCCGUUGAAGACAUACUGGAAAUGAGGAGAAAAGGCAGAAUGUACUAUUCGACGUAUCUUGGGGAUAGAAAUGGUAGGUUGCAGCUUCACGAAAAUCGUUUAUAGAAAAAGGACCAUCACAAGUUUCAAUAAUUUUGUAGCCGUUGCUCGAACGCUCCUCGCAGCUCUGCGGACUCGACUUCAGAUUCCUCCUUUCGAAGCGAAAAUAGCAUCAAAAGUCUCACUUAUUUCAGAAAAAUCAGAAAAAUGUUGAUUUUCAGAACAAAGCCAAGGCCUUUUUCAACGGUUCUUUCACUUCGCCGAAUGGAUAUUCGAUAAGUGCGCCUCCGGCUUAUGAUGAUGACUCUAUAGGUUUAUUUCUCCUUUUUUCAUAAAUCAAACGAAAUGUCAUUUAUGUUAAGGCCCACUAGAAACGUCAUUUCCGUCACCAACGUUUCUUCAUAAUUUUACGAAACUGCAAAUGGUUUUCAUUAAAAAAAUAUUAAUUCUCAUAGAUUUAUUUUAGUACUCUUAUGAUGCUUGGAAUGUCGAUAUGAUGCCCUGGAAGUCAGGAGAACAUCUCAUUGGGGCUUUGGAACUGCCAGCCGAGGCCGAAUUUCAUGAGGAUACCAAAAUCGGUGAGGAUUAGUAGGAAAUUUAGGGAAUAUUCGAGAAGAAACGUGAAGAAAGAACUGAGAAAAUAAUUUUUCAAUAAAAUUCAAAAACAUGUAACUUACUAAUUUUCUACAAGUCCUCUUCGGAGUUUCUGACGGAAUAAAAUUGAAAAAAAAAACUUUUUCAUUAAAAGAUCGUAAUUUAGGAAGUAACAAAAAGAAAUACAAGUAAAAACAAUCAGAACUAUCUUUGAGAAUGUACAUAAAAAAAAAACUUAGAUUUUAGGAAUUUUCAGAAACCAUAGGCUCUCUAUAAAUUUUUUUUUUCUCGAUUUUUUGUUUUAUAAGCGUUUUCGGAAUCAAGAAAGAUAUCAAAAAGAUAUGAUCCUCAAGUGAAUAGGACAUUUUGAGGUUUCCGACCAAUCGAACCGGGAAGCGGCGUCGAGUUUAGUCGUGCGUUGGGCGGGAAUAGGCAAAGGGAGCAAUUUACGAGUUUGUUUUUUGUUCAGAACUUACAAGAAAAAAUGGAUCUGUUCUGGACAAAAAAAAAUGUUUUCAGUCGUCCUUCUGACUUACGAGCGCGAUUCUGUACUAUCUGACUCGCUGAAGCGUCUCUAUCAGAUGCCUUAUUUGAACAAAGUUAGAUUUCUGUUUAAAAACCAACUAAAUUCCAUGUUUUCAGGUGAUUGUUAUUUGGAAUAGUAUAAAUAGGGAACCGCCGGACUCCUGGCCAAGACUUCAUGUUCCUGUUGAGUAAGUUUCGAGAUUAUUUCUUUAAAAAAAAGUUUAAAAUAAGGAAAAAUGAUGCCGAUUAGUUGAAUAAAACAUUUUAAAAUGCAAUUCGAAUCAUUUUUUUGGUUACAAAACGAAAAAUGAGCAGCAACAAUGCAUUAAACAAUCAUUUCAGUUCGCCAAAUUGAUAGUUAAUAUCUCUGAAAAUAUAAGUGUGUCCCCUAUAGGGGCCUCUAACUAUAACCCUUAUAGGGACUACUUUUUCAAGCUUCAGUGAACCCUAUGGGGGUAUGUAAAGCGGUCCUAGAAAGCCCCCCUAAGGUUGUUACUAUAGGGACCACUCUGGGGCUCCUAAGUGUAGCUUGAGUUGAAUUUUAUUACCCUUUUUCAGAUUCAUAAAGGUCAAGGAGAACAGCCUGAACAACCGUUUCGUGCCAUGGGAUCGCAUCGAAACGGAAGCUGUGCUGUCGCUGGACGACGACAUUGACCUCAUGCAACAGGAGCUUGUCUUCGCUUUUCGGUAAUCAACUGGAAAUUAUUAUUUAAAAAAAAUUAGAAAAAAAGGCUGUUUGAAUGAGUGUGAGAGGGCAAAAUCAAGUUUAUUGAAAUUAAAAGCUAAGGUGGCAUUGAAAAACAUGCGCUAUCAGCAAUUUCGAAUUGAUAUGAAGCUGUUUUUUUUUAGCGAUUAAAGACUUUUUCCGUUGGAGAUAACUUUCUUUUGCGACAAAUUAAUCAUGCAGCUGAUAUUUCAGUGUUUGGCGAGAAAACCGCGACCGGAUCGUUGGCUUCCCCGCCAGACAUCAUGCUCGGUUCGGAGAUUCCAUGUUCUAUAACUCGAAUCACACCUGCCAGCUUAGCAUGAUCCUCACCGGGGCCGCUUUCUUACACAAGGUAUUUUUGGGCGGAAAAAUAGGGAGUUUCAGCGUUGACUUGGCAUUCAAAAUAUGAACAGACUAUACCGUAAACCGUUCAAAUAGUACCGUAAUAGUAUGGUGUAGGCUCGAUCAAAAUGAAUUCUCAAAAAAGGUUGUAAAAUCAAAAAUUCAACAAAAAAAAGUACUUCCAGUCCUGAAAGUAACACACACAUAUCUUACUCUUACGUCUUUUCUUCCAAUAUUUUUCCCAAUUUUUCCCUACUUUCAACAAUUAAUUAUUUAUGUUUCAUUUAAUCAAACAAUUUUGUGGACUUAUUGUAAAAACCUUGCUUUCAGUCUUACCUGGAAGCCUACACCUACGUAAUGCCAAUCGCAAUCCGUCGACACGUGGAUCGCGUCAUGAAUUGUGAAGAUCUUGCGAUGAAUUACCUCGUUUCGCAUUUGACCCGCAAGCCGCCGAUUAAAUCCACCAGUCGAUGGACUUUGAAGUUGGAUUUUUUUUUUUCGGUUUUUCGUAAAGGUUCAUAUUUUUCCUAGAUGCCCAACUUGUACGGAAAGCCUAUGGAAAUCCGAGAGUCAUUUCGAUGAGAGACAUGAAUGUAUGCGGCUUUUCACGAAGAUCUACGGAUAUAAUCCUUUAAAGUUUGUCUUAAUUUGUUUUUAUAAGUUCAUUUUGAAUAUUUGAUCAGGUACUCGCAAUUCCGGGCUGACUCUAUCUUGUACAAGACAAAAGUGCCGCCAAAUCACCAGAAAUGUUUCAAGAUUGUAUAG